AUGCGAGCACCGUCGGUUCUGUUUAUAUUCCUACUUGGCGUGAUCCUCGGUGAUCGGUGCGCGGCUGGCGAGGAUCAGGCGGACAAAUCAUGGAUAUCGCAGCUGAAGAAGCUGCGCACUGAUCUGCGAGACUGCUAUCGGUCUGGAGUGCACCAAAGUCUGUGGUCUUGUUUCCGCGCCAGAAGCUUGCACAUCUUCGAGGGCAUUAUGUCCUCCCCAGAGAUUUCCAUCUACGAUGGCGUUCGCCUGGUGUCUGCUCCGAAUAUUACACGUCCCGAAGAUGAACGGAAGGAUUUGAAGCACCUAACCUGGUUCGAUCAACUGGCAGUGAGCUUGGCCAAGGGCCUGACCACCCACACCCUGCAGGUGAACUUGGGCAAGCUGACGGAGCGAUAUCUAAGUAGUGAGGCUUCCAGCACCGAUCCUGUGGGCAGUGCCCGGCUGAGAAGACAUCGCUAUAACAUGAUCAUAACCAUGAUGUUUGGAGUGACUGCCUUGGGAGCCAUCCUGGUACCCAUGGGCUUCCAAAUGCUCUCCAUAGUGAGUGGCAAAGCUUUGCUGCUGGCCAAGAUGGCUCUGCUCCUAGCCUCCAUUAAUGGCCUAAAGAGGGUGGCCAACAAUGGAUUGCACUAUGGACUGUACCACGUGCCGGGAGAGCACUUGGGAGGUUACUACGACCGGGGCGAUGUGAGUCAUCCCAGAAAUGUGCCUAUUCCCGUGGCUGUGGCCCCCACUUUGGACAUGGGCUUGAAGUAA